AUGGUCAUAUUGCAGACACGAUUCAUCAAUCCUUUCCAACCUGAUCUUGACAAGGAUGAGUUGUUCAACUUAGUAUCGGGGUAUCCAGGUAUCGAUAUCCUAGUUCUGUUCAUGGCACAUGAUUUUGGUGCCGCUAAAGUACUAAUCGACAACGGAACAGGGAAAGCUGGGAAACUUAUGGAUGUGACGUCGUCAACACUGGAUCUUGAGAAAAGGAAAGCUCUCGUCAGUUUACACGCUUUUUCCGUUGAUGACUACUUUUCCAGUUUCUUCAGAAAAGGAAAGAAAGCUUUCUGGAAAACAAUGCUGAAAUGCCAAGAAUAUAUCGGUCUGUUUGCUGAGCUAGGCAACAGUCCUCAGGUUCCUGAUCAUAUUUCACAAGGCUUAGAAUUGUUUGUUUGCACAUUAUAUGGAAGCCAUGCAUACUAUGUCAUCAAUCAACAUAAGACCUUGCAAAGGUUUGAAAGAAAGUAA